UCAUUUCGAACAGGAAACAUAAUCGCAUCCUGCAUAGGUACUAUGUGGCCAGAUGGACUCAUUUUAGUAAAAGUUAGCUGUUCAUAAAGAGACAGCGCGAUCAGAUUUUAGCUGUAUAAAAUCAAUUAUUCCCCUACGAACAGCAGCUUUAUUGAAUAAUGUUUGUUCACCGUUUGAAUAUCUCCCUCAUCAGUUUGAUUAUCAUCGCUACAGUUGGACUAACAAGUUGUUACCGCAGAAAUGGAAAAGGUGUUGUGGGUAGGCAUGACAAAGCGCAAAGAAGUCUACUCAUCAAAAUAUCUAAAAUUCGAAGGCAGAAAAUAAUUAAAUGUUGCGGCACCAAGAGCUGUCUAACCGGCCGAAAGAGAACACAAAACACUACAAUAAUCCAAGCCUCAGAAAAAAGCGAAACUAUAAAAGCAAUAGAAACGUCAAUAAAUGAACAGAUAUCUACGCUGUCUCAAGAAGAGGCAACAACAGAACUGAUUAAGGAGGCCACUGAAAAAUUGACACCAGGGAUAUUGGAGCCUGAAACAACAACCGAAACAUUGGUGGCAACAACUGUAGAGCCAGAUACAACAACCACAUCUAUGACAACAACCCAAGAAAUAACAACAUCAGCACUGGAUACAACAUCAACUCUGAUGACAACAAUCACAUCACCAGAGACAACAACAACAACAACACCGGAGUCGACAACUUCAACAUCAACGUCUUCAACCACAACCACGUCCACAACAACAACUACAGCAGCUCCAACUACCACUACAAGCACAACAACUACAGCAGCUCCAACUACCACGUCUACCACUACAACCACAUCUACGUCAACGACGACGACUACAACAACAACAACAACAACAACAACAACAACAACAACUACUACCACAACCACAACAACAACUACAACAACUCCAUGCCCUGAUACGUUCAACGUAUCAGGAGUUUUUACUACCUGGGAAAGUGCCAGAUUAGACUGCAACCGAAUGGCUAUGGAUUUGCUAGUUUUGGAAACAAAAGUAGAAGAAGGAUGCUUUUUUGAGUAUCUCCAAAAACUAGGAAGAUCAGAUGCCACUUUUUGGAUAGGCAUGAAUUCUUUGGGGAAAUCGUCGUUUUCUUGGAUCAACAAUGCCCCAUAUAAUUUUACCUCGUGGGAUACAGGGUUUCCAACGACUGUACCAAAAGAUAAUUGUGUCACAAUCAAAAACGGUAAAUGGACAAACCAGAGGUGCAUAAACAUAAACUACUUUGCUUGUGAAAAGUCGACAACAAUAACAACUUCUUCCAAGAGCUGUCCAGCAACAUCAUCGACGUAUUCUUUAACAUUAGACAAGAAAAGUUGGGAUGGAGCGCGCACUGCAUGUGCACAAGCCGGUUUCGGCGAUCUUGUUACCGCAGAAACCCCUGAGGAGGAUGAGUGCGUUAGAACACUUAUUAGACAAAACGGAAUUGAAAAUGAAUACGUUUGGAUGUCUCUGAAUUGCAUAAAUGAAACAUUCUAUAAUCACUGGGCUACUGGUGCAAACACAAGCUACGUUUCAUGGAAACCUGGAGAACCAGCGCAAUACCCAGUUGAAAGAUGUGCUAUUUAUUGGAACAAUGGGUGGUAUGAUUUGCCAUGUUUACAUGCAACUUACUACGUUUGCGAGAUCUCUUUACUUUGAAUUGGUUCAAACUUUCCUCGUUUGAAAAUGACUAUUCAAAAUUCCCGCUCAAUUCUUUAAACGCAGCAAUUAUUGGUUCCGAUCGUGGUCAGCAGAUAAAAAUGAACUGCAAUUCUGAAAACUGAGAGUUGUUUUAUUUUAUUGGAAUAAAAGUAAAUAAAUUUUUAAAUUUUCAACAACAAAAA